AUGCAUCUUUGCAGGUUUGUUUCUGUGCUCCAGGCUUCGCAGAGACGCCCCGACCGGUCGUCGCAUUUUUCGCUCUCGUUGUCUGUGACAUUGGAUCCGAUGUGCGGCUGUCUUCGCGUUCUGCUGGCAAUUAUGCUGGAUCUGGCAUAUGGCACCUAUGAUGGCCAGCUGCCAGAAGACAUCUGUGACACGACCGGCCAAUGCGAAGUCUCUCUCCGGCAGCUGCGAGGGGAGGUGAAGUUGCAGCAGGACAUGAACAUGUGGCGCCAGAAUGAAAGUGCGGAUGCAGCGAUGCAUGCUGACAGGGUCGAGGCGAUCUUGGACGUGUAUUUCAAGGACAUCAACAUGACCGGGGGUCGCAUCGCGAAGGCAAUCCGGUUUGAACACACUUGGGCCGCGUGUGCCAAUGUGGACUGGACGCAAGAGGCGUCGGAGUACGACUCCACAGGAAGGCUCACGGAAAUGAGGAAGCGGCUGGGAGUGGAUGCGUACUGUGCCAAGAACAAAACGGACGUCACAUGCCUGGCAAUUGAGGUGUUGGACGGCACGGGUGUGGUGGGAUACGGUGUUUGCUCAAUUCUCCGAACGGUUCUGACCGGCAGCCCAAACCAACAGCGACAGGGAACGUGCGGGUGGGUUUCGAGCCUCGGGGCACUGAGCUGGGCAGCCCCGGCCCAGGCAAUCAAGAUGGGUAUGCGACUCUUCUGGACCGGAACCAUGUUGAAGUCCAUUAAGACGUGUGCUAACAUCUAUGACUUGCAGCCAGGACUUGUGCCCCUGGCGAGAGGUGAUGAGAUUAGCCUUAAAUCCGAGGCGCGGGUGCUCUGUUACAAACGCUGCCACACCUCCGAGGAAUGGGUGCCGGUACAAGCUUCUGGGCUGACGGCCAUGUGGACCUAUGCAUUGAUGAGCAGCUUCCUUGAACAUCCCCAGGGUUGUCCGGGCCAGAACAUAGACCAGAAUCUAGCCGUGUGUAAGCGGCUCAUCAGCCCGGACUGUGACAUAGCCUACCUGGAUGACAGGGGCGAUUCGGUCGCUUUGGAACGGGCUUGCAAGGUCGUCGAGAACGAGGGUGUGGUGUUGACUUGCGUCGACGGUAGACCCCUCGCGGCCGCCUCCCAGAUUCCAUCGCGGCCCGGGCUCGUAGUGGGCGGUUUACUUGCCAAAUUCGGUGUUGGAGAACAGUGCAAUCAUAUGACCUACCUCCAGAGCUGCGACCCGGAAGGGGACAGCUACGCCAUUUGGAGUUGGGGAGGUGCCCGGUACCUUACCAAGGAGAAUCUCAUCGGUUCCACGACGUCUCCUGGCAAGCUCCUCCAGGCAACGGUUUUUGCAUGGAAGGUGCACAUCUUCGAUGAGUAA